GUGGCAGCAGGCAGGCAAGUCAUGUUUCAAUUAGGAUUUUACUGAUUGUUUUGUCUGUUUUAAGGUAAACGUGUCUGUAAUGGGAACAAUGAAAAACUUUGCCAUUUUCUUUGUGGUCUUUCAAGAAAAUGUUGGUGGUUCUUCUGCACAAAUCAGCUGGAUUGGCUCUAUCAUGUCUGCCCUUCGCUUCCUAGCAGCACCAUUGGUAACCACAGUAUGUGAAAUGCUAGGGGAACGGACAGCUUCACUGAUUGGGGCUGGCUUGGUUGGCACUGGCUAUCUUAUCAGCACAUUGGCCACAAGUAUCUCCUUUCUUUGUGUGUCUAUGGGAUUCCUAUCAGGAUUGGGUUUUGCUUGCUUGUAUCAGGUAGCAGCUGUGAUGACUGUUAAGUACUUCAAGAAACGCCUGGCUCUAGCCAAUGCAAUUGGCCGUUCAGGAAUGGGACUGAGUGUUGUGCUAGCACCACUUGUUCAACUCCUGAUAGAAACAUAUGGAUGGCAAGGAGCCCUACUGAUAUAUGGUGGCAUGAUGCUGAACCUUGUUCCUUCUAGCAUGCUACUACGGCCAAUUAAAAUGAAGAAAAUGAAAGUUCUAGGUACUAGCCAUGAAGACAACCAAAUAUCUGCACACCAUAAAUUUCUACAAGUUGUUGAAGAUGACCUAGAUGAAAUUUGCACCACAGAAUUGGACAGAUUGGAUCCACUCAAUCAAGAACGCACCAGCAGAAAUGAUCUACAACAGAUUGGAGAAGUACAGUUAGACCCAGAAAACUAUACAUGUUCUGAAGUGCCAGAGAAAGACGGCCACAUGAACAGUCAUCCAUAUUGGAAUGGUAAUCAAAAUUACCUUCCAACAAACUGUAAAGAAGAUUCCAAGCUGCGACCUUUUCCUUAUAAGCAAUGCCAUAUUGAUUUUUCCCAGCUGAAAAACCCUUUCUUCUACAUUUUCACAUGGUCUUUUCUCUUCAGUCAGCUAGCCUACUUUAUCCCCACCUUCCACCUUGCAGCCAGAGCUAAAACACUGGACAUAGACCUAAUGGACACUGCUUAUAUCAUUUCAGUGGCUGGUAUAACAGAAACAAUCAGCCUCUUGUUCUCUGGUUGGAUUGCAGAUCAGAACUGGAUCAAGAAGUGUCAUUACCAUAAGACGUACCUUAUUCUUUGUGGUGUCACUAACCUGCUGUGUCCUCUUGCCACAACAUUCCCAUUACUUAUGUUCUAUUCUGUAAUCUUUGCCAUUUUCAGUGGUGGAUACCUGGCUCUGUUGCUUCCUGUAUUGGUAGAUCUUGUAGGUGCCUCCAGAUUCCACAGCGCUUUGGGACUUGCCUCAUUCAUUGCUGGAUUUGGAGUUCUCGCUGGACCUCCUAUUGCAGGUUGGCUACAUGAUUACAGUCAGACAUAUGCUUGCUCCUUCAUUUUUGCAGGCAUCUGUUUCCUUGUUUCUUCCAUUUCACUGUUCCUCGAGCCUGUAGCCCAAAAAUGGAAACUUGAACUGACUACAUGAGCAAGAAAUCUACAUGAAGAAAAUACUUACACUACAUAAGCAAACAAAAUUCUGAAGCAAUCUGAAGAAACCAUAU